CUACGAAGAGUAAUUUCUUAAAGACGGAACUCCUUUUUACCCUCGUGCGUCGUUGGCGGAAUCAGCUGACUGCCGUAUAUAAGGUCGGCGGCGGGCGGCAAGCACCAGUGCCUCUCGUUUCGGGUCUACAGCUAUGCGAGACAUGUCGAUCGCAUGGACAAUGUUGGCUUUGCUGCUGUGUCUCUCGAGGUCGUGUCUCUCGGCGGCGCUUCCCGACCCGCUCUUCCCUCCUGCCUUCCCCUCAGGCCGGAGCGAACCCGACCUGCAACACAGUCCUUUCCUGCUGUCGGGUCUGCCUGCCUUAGUCGUCUUCCCUGGGGCCGAUGAAGCGUUGUCCCCGCAAGCCGUUGGAGCGCCCGCUUUCGCCAACGCCCAAGGCCAGCAGCAUCAAGGGGAAAUCACUCCAGAUCGGCUCCGGCCAAAUGAUGCAGGAUCAGGUUCUUUUCAGAACGCGUUUUCGGAGACACCUUUGAGCCCACAGGUAACUGCGACAGUCCACCACCAAGAAAAUGAGGAGGCGCUGCAGUGCGCUGCGGUGGCAGCGUACCGCGAGGGAGUAGCGGCGGUGACGGGGCCAAUGCUCUUUCGAAAUCACUUGAGCCGAAACGGCGACGAUCUGAUUGUAGGGAACAUGAGUGUCCCUCUGAGAAACAACGUUUACGUCGUGGGCUUCGGCAAGGCAGUGCUGAGUAUGGUGGGGCCCCUGGAGGAGCUCCUUGGGCCUCACCUCCAACGGGGGAUCGUCAGCGUCCCCGUCGGCAUCCAGCAAGACCUGAGAGGGCCGGGAAUGCUGCCAAGCCCACACUCGCGCGUGCAGGUCUUCGAAGGAGCUGCCGGUAACAUCCCAGACGAAGCCGCGGAAGAGACUACGAGGAAAAUCAUGCGUCUUGUCGCUGGUCUCAGCCCGGACGACUUACUCAUCGUGCUUAUGUCAGGCGGAGGCUCGUCCCUCCUCCCCGCUCCUCUCCCGCCGCUCUCGCUCGCGGAGAAGGGCCACCUGGUCAGGGCCCUCGGCAAAGCCGGCGCCAGCAUCAACGACCUCAACACCGUCCGGCGUGCUGUCUCCCUCGUCAAGGGCGGUGGUCUGGCUCAGAUGUCCACUGCCCCUUUGGUGAGCCUCAUCCUCUCCGACGUGGUGGGCGACCCGCUGGAGGUCAUCGCGAGCGGGCCGACGGUCCCAAAUCCCGACGCGCCGGACGCCGCCCUUCAGGUGCUGCGCCGAUACAACAUGUCGCUCCCGCAGUCCGUGGAGGAUGCCAUCAGGACCAAGAACGUCGUAGGAGGCAACUUCAGCCACGUCAGCAACCUUCUCCUUGGCUCCAACAAGCUGUGCAUAGAGGCUGCCUCGCACCGCCUCCAGCAAGCGGGCUUCGUCCCCGUGGCAUUCUCGACCACCGUGACCGGGGACGCGGUGCAGCUGGGACGCCACUUGGCGGAUCUGGCCGCCUUCAUCGCUUCCCAACUGGCAGGCCGCCCGCCCACGCCGCUCCACACUGACUACUGGGCCACGAAAGCUGGAAUCAGCAGCUCCAACUGGAGAGAGCUGAGUUCAGCCAUUGUUAGAGCUCGCUUCGGCGGCGGAGCUGUGGCUGUGGUGACGGGGGGUGAACCUACCAGCAUUGUGCGGGGGAGGGGAGGGAAGGGCGGCAGGAACCAAGAGGUGGCACUCGCGGCAGGAUUGGCGCUGGAAGAGGUGAUGGCGGGUCAGACGGGCGAGGCCCUCGUGUUGUCGGGAGCCACGGAUGGAAUCGACGGGCCGACGCCUGCGGCAGGAGCCGCGGCCUUCUGGAGGUCCUUGUCAACAGGAGGGCACAGGUCCACGGUGUCGGAGGGGGUGAAGCAGGGGCUUUCACCCGCCGAAAGUCUCGCAACGAGUGAUUCCUACACAUUCUUCAGGAAUCUGUCGAGUGGUCGCUAUCACCUUCUUCAGGGACACACUGGCACUAACGUAAUGGAUCUGCAUAUCGUCUUGGUCAGGGCCUAAGAGUCAUUCAGAAAUGAUCAAUGAAAACAUUAUCACAUCAGUAAAAACAUAAAGAAAAAUAAAAAAUAAAAAGGGC